AUGGAACUGGAGCGUUUAGGUGCCGGUGGGGUAAAACCCGAGAGGGGCAACAGUCGUCUCUACAGGAUAGCCCUGGCCUUGUGUGUGUGUCUCUGCGCCGCCCUGCUGCUCGCACUCAUACUGGUCUCUCAGAAACCUCGUCAGGAGGAGUUCUGCGUGACGCCGGAGUGCAUCGAAGCAGCGGGCUCCGUCAUGAGCAAAAUGGAUCGCUCCGUUGACCCCUGCGAGGACUUCUACUUGUUCUCCUGCGGCGGUUGGCUGAAGGAGAACCCGAUCCCCGAGGACUCCUCCUCGUACGGCGUGUACCCGUGGCUGCGGCAGAACGUCGACCUGCGGCUCAAAGAGUUACUAGAAGCUCCUUCGGGCCCCGGGGAGCUGGAGGCCGUCACUAAAGCUAAAACCCUCUACCGGUCCUGCAUGAACGAGACCAUCCUGGAGGAGGCCGACAGCAGACCCAUGCUGGGAACCCUGCGGCAGCCUGAGUUCCGGUGGCCCGUGGUGGGGGACGGGCUGGGGGGGGACCACCGGUGGCAGGCGACGGGCUGGAGCCUCCGGGAGACGCUGACGGCGAUGAGGAGCCAGCACAGCAAGAGUGUCCUGGUGCGGCUGUACGUCAGCCCCGACGACAAGGAGUCCUUCCGCUACAUCGUCAAGCUCGAUCAGGUGUCCUUGUCUCUGCCCUCCAGGGAGGACUACAUCACCGACACUUCCUCCGCCCGGGCUUAUCGUGCGGCCCUGCUGAGUUUGAUGGUGGAUACGGCCGUCAUGCUGGGCGCUCCGGAGAAGGCGGCGCUGACCCAGAUGAAGGAGGCUCUCGACUUCGAGACCAAAGUGGCUCACAUCCUGAUUCCCUCUGAGGACCGCAACAGCGACAGCAUGUACAACAAGAUGUCCCUCUCCGAUCUGCAGCGCUCCGUCCCAGAGUUCGAUUGGCUGAGCUUCGUUAAAGGUGUGGUGGAGUCCGAGGCCGACCCGGCGCGCUCCAUCUCCUCCUCGGAGUUGGUCAUUGUCCGAGCGCCGCAGUACUUCAAGGAGCUCUUCGAGCUCAUCAACGGCACAGACAGCAGAACUGUAGCAAACUACGUACAGUGGAGGUCCGUCUUAUCCAGGAUGACCACUCUGAGCCGUCGCUUCCUCUUCAGAUACCUGGACUUUGCUCGGGUAACCACGGGAACCACCUCGCUGAGCCCGCGCUGGGACAAGUGCGUGAACUACGUGGAGAACACGCUCGUUUACGCCACCGGGCGCCUCUUUGUCGACGCCCACUUCGAGGAGGACAAGAAACACAUGAUGGAGGAGCUGAUCGAGGGCGUCCGCUGGGCCUUCAUCGACAUGCUGCAGAGGGAGAACGACUGGAUGGACGAGCCGACCAAGGCCAGAGCUGUCGAGAAGGCUCACGCCGUCCUGGCUAAGGUGGGCUAUCCCGAGUUCAUUCUGAACGACACCUACCUCAAUGAAGACCUGAAGCAGCUCUCGUUCAGUGAGGAGGACUACUACGGGAACGUGAUGCAGACGUUGAAGUUCAUUGGCCAGUCGGACGUCACGUGGCUGCGAAAGAGCGUCCCGCGUACAGAGUGGUUCACAAACCCAACCACUGUGAACGCCUUCUACAGUUCCUCCACGAAUCAAAUCAGAUUUCCCGCCGGAGAGCUUCAAAAACCCUUCUUUUGGGGAAGAGAGUAUCCGAGGUCGUUGAGUUACGGCGCCAUCGGGGUGAUAGUUGGACACGAGUUCACACACGGCUUCGACAACAACGGUCGUAGGUACGACAAAAACGGCAACCUGGGCCAGUGGUGGACCAACUCGUCCAUAGCGGCCUUCACUGAGAAGACCCAGUGCAUGACGGAGCAGUACAACGGGUACCACUGGCAGGAGGCGGGCCUGAAUGUCCGGGGAAAGAGGACUCUGGGAGAGAACGUAGCCGACAACGGAGGAAUAAGGGAGGCUUUUAGGGCGUACCGGCGGUGGGUGGCGGAGAGCAGAGGCGGCGUGGAGGAGCCCCGGCUGCCCGGAGUCGGACUGAACAACAACCAGCUGUUCUUCAUGAGCUACGCGCACGUGAGAUGUAACUCAUACAGACCAGAAGCAGCCAGGGACCAGGUGCAGAGUGGGUCUCACAGCCCGGCGAAGUACAGGGUCAUCGGAGCGAUGAGCAACUACGAAGAGUUCCGGAAAGUGUUCAGCUGUCCCGAGUCGUCAGCGAUGAACCGGGGCGCCGAGUCCUGCCGCGUGUGGUGACCUUUGACCUCAGCCUGACCCCCCACGCCCCCCCUCCCCCCGAAGCAGGCCCGGAGCUGUCAGCGGGACGUCUGUCGAGGAAAGGAAAGACAGCCCGGAUAAAGCUGGACUCAGCAGAGGCCGUUUUACGCGAUGCGGGAACCAUGAAGAAUGAGUUCUUCUCCCGAAAAACACACUCUCACUGACUUCCUCCAUAGUUACAUUUCCUGCAUAAAUUAUGACUUAAGCCAUUUAGGGGGCCAUAGGUGGGAAGAGAGCGUUUUUUAUUCUCUAUAAGUGUGACCUUUCUAAUAGGAGUAAAGUAAAUGUAUGUAAACGGUACAAUGACUCGUUUCCAUGAAGCCACGAGUGCCCCGAAAUCAAUUCAUACUUCAGCAUAAAUAUAAGCAGAAAACACAAAAAAAAACAUUUUAUCUCUAAAAACUAUUUAGUUUGUGUGAGCACUUUGAUGUCAAAUAUUUAACAUGAGGUUGAACCAGGUGAGGUGUGUGUGUGUGUGUGUGUGUGUGGGCUCUCCUUUGAUGUAUCUCCUCCUCGCCUCGGCUUCUGUUCCACUUUGCUUCAAUCUGCGCCUGGUGUCAGACGCUCGUAGGCGGAUUAACUGAAUUAGCAGCACUCCGACUACGAGACUUGCUGCCUGCAUCUCUGCCUUCGUGGUUCCGAGCUGCUUUUAUCGCGCCGAUAAAAGGGAUUUUCUUUGUCGAUGAUGAAUUUCUGCCAAUUUAAUCACUGAUUUGUUGUCCUUUUGAGCCCAACAAUAAAACAAGCAUCUUUCUAAUUACUUACUUAUUAUGAAAUGCUGGAUAAUAAACGUCCAGAAGUCCAGGGUGAAAAUAAUUAAACUGAUAACAAUAUCGAUUUUUUUUUCCUAAAUACAGUUUCUUAUUGCGAAUGAAUAUGACUCAUUUUUGCUUUUCUUAAUCAUAAUAAAUGUGAUUAUGUUGCACUGUGUGGCUGUUUUAAUAAAAGUUGGGCAUGGC